GGCAGCACUGUCGCACAGCAGCUGUACAGAACAAAAAUGGCGAGCAUCCUUCACAGAAGUCUCUCGGUUGUCGAAACUUUAUCGCGGAGAGGCGGCGCCAAGCUCCUAGGAGCAGCAAGUCCGACUCUUCAUGCUCAACAACAGCGUAAUAUAAAUGUGCACGAACAUGUCUCAUAUUCGCUGCUGCGGGAAUCAGGAAUUCCUGUGCCAGAGUUUGGACUGGCAAAGUCGUCGAAAGAGGCAGGAGAUAUCGCGAGAAAGAUCAACGCUAAGGAUCUGGUUCUGAAGGCUCAGGUUUUAGCAGGCGGCCGAGGAAAAGGCAGUUUUAAGAAUGGUCUUAAGGGCGGAGUCCGGCUUGUUUACUCGCCAGAAGAAGCUGAGGAAAUAGCAGAAAAAAUGAUCGGCCAGCACUUGGUGACCAAACAGACUGGCGAGAAGGGCAGGAUUUGCAACUCUGUAAUGGUUGCCGAGAGAAAGUUCCCCCGAAAAGAGUAUUAUUUCGCCAUCAUGAUGGAGAGAGCAUUUGCAGGCCCAGUUUUGAUCGCCUCCGCCCAGGGUGGUGUGAACAUUGAGGAGGUGGCAGCGGAGAACCCUGACGCAAUCAUCAAGGAGCCCAUCGACAUAACCAAGGGCAUGACAAGGGAACAGGCUGCUGGAGUUGCUGCCCAAGUUGGGCUUGCAGAAAAGAAAGAGGAGACUGCUGAGAUUCUUCUCAAAAUGUACGAUUUAUUCUUGAAAAAAGACGCUUCCCUCAUUGAAGUCAAUCCAUACGCUGAAGAUGCCAAUGGAAAAUUCUUUUGCCUUGACGCUAAAAUGAGGUUUGACGAUAACGCAGAGUUCAGACAAAAGGAAAUUUUCGCUCUUAGAGAUUGGACCCAAGAAGAUGAGAAAGAGGUGGAGGCUGCGCGCUCAAACCUCAACUACAUCGCGCUUGAUGGUGAUAUUGGUUGCCUCGUUAACGGAGCUGGUCUUGCCAUGGCCACCAUGGACAUCAUCAAACUGCAUGGUGGAGAGCCAGCCAACUUCUUGGACGUUGGCGGUGGCGCGACGGCUCAGCAGGUCAAAGAAGCCUUCCAAAUCAUCACCGCUGACCCCAAGGUGCAUGCCAUUCUGGUAAACAUUUUUGGCGGUAUCAUGAGGUGUGACAUCAUUGCCAAGGGCAUUGUGGCGGCCGCAAAAGAGCUGGAACUCAAAAUUCCCAUCGUUUGCAGAUUGCAGGGCACAAAUGUCGAUGAUGCCAAAGUAUUGAUCGCCUCAUCAGGCUUCAAGAUUCUGGCGUGCGAUAACUUGGACGAAGCUGCUAGACUCGUUGUUAAACUGUCCAACAUCGUGAGGAUGGCGCGAGACGCGAAACUCGACGUAAACUUUGAAAUCCCAAUUUAAACUGAACCUGUCAGUUGGUGCAGCUUCCUGUAGGUGGUCUUGAUGCUCUUGAGGAUGUCACACAGCAUCCAUUCCAUCCUUCGCAGCUGGAGGAUUUCCCUGAAGCAGAAAUAGUACUUUUCCAACACCUCGUUAGUCACCACCUGUUGAUUUCACUUAAUUUAUUUCAUUUGUACAAAACAUUGUACAAGCAUUAAACUUGUUAAUUGACACAAAA